UCAAAAUCAAUGAGAACCAUCCAUUUAAGUCUAUGCAGAAAAGACUGGGAAAAUCAGCCAUGUCUUUGCAAAGUGCACUUGUGGUUAAACAGGAAUCAAGUGACCAAAAAAUAAAAUUGAUAGAUUUAAAAUCAGAUGUAACAUUGGGAAUUUCAACUUUAGAAGAUGUGAAACCAAAUUUAUCAACAUUGAUUUCAACUUCAAAUGUUAUCAAACAAAAUAUAUCAUCACAAUCUUCACCUUUUGAAGACAAAUCAAAUGAAACAGUUGCAUUUUCAACUUCAGAAGAUCAACAAUCAGAUGAAACAUUUUCUUAUUCUAAAGAUAUGAAACCAAAUGUUUCAACAGAACUUUUAAGGUGUGAUGCUAUGAAAAAGGACAUCUUAACAUUUUCAUCAUUUAAGGGUGAAAACGAAAAUAGCUUAGAUGUUAAAAGACAGCUUGAAUUUUUAUCAGAUUCUGAUGCUUUUAUUGAAAAUUUUACAGUUUUAAAAUCAGAUCUUCAUCAUGAUUUAAAAGAACUCAAGGAAUUGCAUAAAGAAGUUAUUGAUAAUUUUCCAACAAUGUAUGACCUCAGGAAUAAGGGACUGAAGGCUUAUAAGUGUGAUAUGUGUUGUCAAAGUUUUACUCAUUUUGAUCAUAUUACACAACAUAUGGAAACUCACACAAGAAAGAAUUCAUAUGGUUAUGAUUUUCAUCAGCAACAAGGUGCUAUGAACAGUCAUGUAAAACAGCUUAAGAAAAUAAACAAGACGUUUUGUCUGCAUAAAUUACAUCCUGAAGACAGAUUCAAUGAAUGUGAUGUGUGUCAUAAAAAGUUUGCUCAUAAAUCUAGUUUAAAUACACACAAAAUUAUUCACUCUGGACAUAAGCCAUAUGAAUGUGAUGUGUGUCAUAAAAGUUUUAAUCGUAAAUUUAUUUUAUCUCAACAUAAAAAUAUUCAUGCACAAAUAAGACCACAUGAAUGUGAUUUGUGUCAUAAAAAGUUCACUACGAAGAGUCAGUUAUCUGUCCAUAAAAAUAUACAUUCUAAUCUCAAGCCAUAUGAAUGUGACGUUUGUCAAAAAAGUUUCAAUCUAAAAUGUCAUUUAAGUCAGCAUAAAAAAACUCAUUUACAUGAGAAACAAUAUGAAUGUGAUGUGUGUCAUAAAAAGUUUGUCAGGCAGUCUGGUUUAUCUAAACACAAAAUUAUUCACUCAGGACUAAAGCCACAUGAAUGUGAUGUGUGCCAUAAAAUGUUUGCUCAGAGGUACCAGUUAUCUAGACAUCAAAAGACUCAUUCUGGGCUUAGGCCAUAUGAAUGUGAUAUGUGUCAUAAAAACUUUGCUCAGAAGAAUAGUUUAAUUAUGCACAAAAAUAUUCAUUCUGGAAUUAAACCACAUGAAUGUAAUGUGUGUCAUAAAAAGUUAAGUCAGAAAGGUUAUUUAGAAGUACAUAAAAAUAAACAUUUAGGACACAUACCAUAUGAAUGUGAUUUAUGUCAUAAAAAAUUUACUGAAAAGACUAAUUUAUUUAAACAUAUUACAAUUCAUGUUCGGCUUCAGCUAUAUAAAUGUGGUGUCUGCCAUAAAGAGUUUUUUCAAAAAACUCAAUUUUCUCAACAUAAAAAUAUUCAUUUACAAUUAAGACCUAAUGAAUGUGAUGUGUGUCAUAAAAAAUUUGUUAAUAAGUCUAAUUUAUAUCGACAUCAAAAGUCUCAUUCAGGGCUUAGGCUACAUGAAUGUGAUGUUAGUCAUAAAAACUAUACUCGGAAAGAUGUAUUAUUGAAGCAUAAAAAGACUCAUUCAGGUGGUCCACAUGUAUGUGAUGUGUGUCAUAAAGUGUUUUCUAGGAAAUCUUCUCUAUCUCGACAUCAGAAGUCUCAUUCAGGAAAUUAG